AUGAAAAUUUGUAUCGUUGGUGCGGGUGCAGCAGGUUUAGCAGCUUUGAAGCACAGUUUAGACGAAGGCCAUGAUUGUGAGCUUUUCGAACAAACUGGCUUCAUAGGAGGGGUAUGGAAGUAUGUCGAUAAAGUUGGUCUCGAUGAAUUCGGAUUGCCCAUUCAUACAUCUAUGUAUGAAGAUCUUAGGACCAACUUACCAAAGGAACUAAUGAUGUUCGAGGACUUUCCUUAUAAAAAAGAACUAACUCGCUCCUAUAUUUCCUUCCAAGAAGUUUAUGAAUAUAUCGAAGCUUAUGCAGAAUUCUUCAAUCUAUCAACACAUAUCAAGUUAUAUCAUCAUUUAGAGGCUGUCAGUCCAAUACAUGGGGGAAAGUGGUCGGUACAAGUGAAAAAUCUCAGAACGAAAAAAGUGGAAACGAAAGAUUUCGAUAGUAUCAUAAUUUGCGUUGGAAACUAUUCAGAUCCAAUAGUUCCGAAACUACCUGGAGAAAAUGAAUUUGCUGGAAGCAUAAUACAUAGUCACGAUUAUAGAAACACAGAUCCAUACAAGAAUAAAACAGUAUUAGUAGUAGGAGUCGGACCAUCUGGAAUAGAUAUUGCUGCAAAGGUCCUGGCAGUAGCUAAGAAGGUGAUUCAAUGUCAAAGAACAGCAAAAAUUGAGUACGGACUGAAGAUAGCAGAGGGCGUUAUUGUUAAGCCAGAAGUCGAUGAAAUUUUUGAGAAAAGUGUGAAAUUCAUUGAUGGAUCUGUAGAAGAAAUAGAUGACAUUAUUUUAUGCACAGGGUACAGAUUUUCGUUUCCAUUUUUGACUCCACAAUGUGGUCUCGAAGUUGAAGAUCAUUACGUCAAAUAUCUCUACAAACAUACUAUAAAUAUUGAACAUCCAACUAUGGCGUUCAUUGGAAUGCCAAAGAAUAUUCCACUCUUUCCCUCCUUCUGUUUACAGGUAAGUUGGCUAAAUCAACUCUUUUUUAUCCCAGGAGUCCACAGCCGAGCCAUGUACCAACCUUUUACAGACACCCUGUAUAUAUACAGGGCACGAUUCUACUUGGCGUUUUUAAGAGGGAAUCUUGGAGUGACUAAAGAAGAAAUGAGAGAAGAUGUUGAAAAUUUUAUGAAAGAAUGUAAACAAUCUGGACAACAACCAAACACGAAAAUCGAUGAGAACGGAUUUAGGCAGUUUUAUGAAGAACUUGCUACCUUGGCCCACAUAACUCCUAUGAAACCAGUAAUCCCGAACAUAUUCGACUAUCUCGAAAAAGAAGGUUUUGGAAAUCACAAUAUAAAUUAUAAAAUAUUGAAUGACGAAGAUUUCGAACAUGAUUUAUGAAGAUAAUGAUUGACACAAAACAGGAGUAAAGUGUUAAUAAUAAAUUAAAGCAUGUUGAUGCAUUAUUGGUCAA